CGUAGAUAUGCACCAAGAUUCAUGUCAAUUUGACUUCACUGAUAUUAAGCCAAAGCGAGACACGUGCUUUGGGUUUGCCCUUGAUCGAAACAGAAACCAAGUGAAGACAACAUCGCCUGGUUGCAAAAAGACUGCCGCAUACCACACACUAUGGACUUUACUACCAUGAGCCGCCACGAUCGCGACAUAGUGUGAGCCAAGUAAUUCCUGACUACGCAACCUAUCAAAGCACGACAGACUGCGCGACAAUGCCUGCCACAGUGCGCGACCGUCAGUGGGACAUCAUAGGCAAGAAGAAUGAGCGCUGGGUCAAGGUACACGUCAAUUCCUUCACAGAUGGCGACCAAAGUACAUGGCCAGGAAAACCUGCCUAUCGACCCAGCUCGGAGGAGCGCUAUCUGAUUCAAUUAGCGAGUUCGUGGGUGAAGCAACAAGGACUUGUUGAGGCUGGCACAGAAUAUCAUCUUGACAAGUUGCCGGAUGGAUAUGCAACGUUCGAAACAGACCAGCGCAGUGGGACCCAAGUCUACAAGCGACUGUUCGGGCAUCCCUCCGGAAGAUACUAUGAUUCCAUAGUGAAGUUUGAACCUCAUUUCCUAUGGUUGAUGGACGGCAAGCGUGGGCAGUGCGAAUGCAUACAUUGUGGACGUCCCAAAGCCAGACCUUUCAUACCGCGCACACGUCUACCAGUACCAGGCGAGAGGUUUCCCCUUCCACUCGAACGGAGGAAAGGUCCUACCGGAUUCGACAUUGACGCCAGCGGAGCAUCAUCACGAUCCACUCCUACCGCCAUGUCGGGCAGGCCGCAGCGACAAAUCAAAGCUGCUGGAGCACCAUACGCGGUAGAUGAAGAUGGGAAUGAGGACGUCUACAAAGACUUCUUGAAAAAGCUUUUAGGUGCUCGGGGCGGAACGAAAGGGAUUGAGGACAACAUCCAUGAGAUCAACUCGCUGGACUGGAGGGCGGAACACGCGUGGAAUGACUAUGGCGUCGAUCUUGUCCAGCAGAACCUCACCCUGAUCUCGAAUCAACACUCUUUCGUUCCGCGAGUGGGCGAGCUUGUGAUGUGGACGCCCAAUUUCCUCGACGGCCACUAUCUCAUGUUUGACCCAGAAACGCUCGAGUACAAAUUUUACUCGUUCGACGAGAAACGAUUUAACGGAUUUCCUGCCUGGCGUGCCGGCCUCAUUACUGCGGUCCCUGCAGCCACAGCAAGUGAUGGACCCAUUGACUUUCCAGAUAUCCAGACCCUGCCGAAGAAGCAAUUGGCUCUCAACACUGCAGGAUUCCGCGUUGAGACGUUUCCUGAUCCUAACAAUGAAGUCGACAAAACAGCGUCGAAACAAUACCGCUAUGUACCUCUUCGAAACAUCCGACCCCUAAGUCACUGGCAAAUGCUGCUUCGCGGGGUCGCGCGAGACCGGUGGCACCCUUCCAUCGAGAACGCCCUGACUUGCAUGACGAGUAUAUCAGUGCUAGAGAAAUGGUGGUUCAAAGGUGACUGGCCUCAAGCCAGUAUACUAUGCAAAGGUCUCUACAUCGGACCCGAAUUGAUCAUUGUGGGUGACACAGUCCGGAUAACGCCUGGGGCCUCAAACAGCAAGACCAGAAUGUGCACGGAUGUCAUGAUUGUUUCUGACAUCAGAGUGAAUCUUGUGAAAGUCAGACCUGAAGAUGUUCUUCCCGAAACUCCGUUAUUGUCAGCUGCCACUUCAAUCACACUCGUUGGAAAGGCAUACACUCUUGACAUACGUCGAGACUACCAGAUGCAAGGCAAAGAUCCCGAUGCUGAUGUGACUGAUUUACCGUCGCCAGUCCCCGUGGAAGAAGUCAAGACCGCUUUCCGACCUGUCGGCACGGGCGAGUACGGCACUUGGUACCGUCUCCACGAUCCUCGAAAGGGCUAUGAAAUCUCAUACGAUCGUGUGCUGGGCAGGUUGCAUGAAGCUGCAGCUGUGCGUUUAUGGACGGGUCAACUGCAGACAAAACAUGGUGAAGCUGAAAAGCUGAAAAUAAGACCAAUGUUGGACUUCGACCUGAAAGCUAUCGAAGAAGGACGCAUGUAUGCCACACAAGCCGACGAGAGAUUGGAAGAAACGGAAGGUAAUCAGUUGGGAUGGUUCUGGGCUGAUACUAGGGCUGAGGCACUCGAUGUUCAGACAAUCAACGGGACCGAAACUGGAAAGUUUGACGACGUGAGAGAUCCAAACACUUUGGAGCAGUGGCGAACGUACCUGAAGAUUCUCAAUGGACAGUCGGUGGCACCAGAUGCGUUCCAGUUCAAAUCCAGUUCUCAGUCUCAAGUUGGCGGCAGAAGAGGGAGAAAACCUGGGUCCAAGGUUGUCAACGGCAGAGUUAUCUAUCCGGGCGCCGAAGGGUAUGAUGAGGCUGGAGACGAGGAGGCGCCUGACGUUUGGUCUACUCCAAGGCACAAAACCAGCCAGCUUGCUGGUGCGGGGCUUGUAUCAACAGACGACGAGGAUCAAGACGAGGAAGGUGCAGAGACCUUUGAGGAUGCGGAAGAGAUACUGCCAUUGGUGGAAGCACGUUCGGAAAAUCCCAAACGUGCCGCCCCACGACAGCCCAAGGUGCAGUCAAAAGCACAGAUUAUGGCGAAUCCAGACGAUUUAAUGGCAGAAGAGGACGAUGAAUGGCUUCACACGGCGCCGGUGAUAAGGGGAGGAACCGAAGAAUCAGAAGGCGGAGACUAUCGUCCAGGAGCUGAGUAGUGAUGACAGCUUGCUAUGAUGAGUUUGCUCGACGAAUUGGACAGAUUGUAUGAGAUGCAAAACCGAGCAGAGUAUUCAGACAGCGAAUGCCGCGGCGCCCACGAGGCUGUGCUGAGGCGGGGCUUUACCUGUGUGUCCUGGGACGGGACCCGUACGAUCAUGGCCGGCGGAAGCAUUGAGAGUGUUGCUAGAUCACUCAUGUCCACUGUGUUUGCCAUUGACUCCUUUCAAGUUUUGUCUUCAGGCUUUGCAUUUUCC